AUGUCUUAUUGCCCACCGCAUUCCCCCCUCUACGCCGAUGUGCCUCCCUAUGCCUGCCGACAGAGUCGCCUUGACAGCUUCCUCCAUGCCGACCCCGCGCCGCAAGUUACCCUCUAUCGCACACACAGCGUUAGACGCAUCUCGGAGCACCAGUGCAACAGUCGGACACCCCAGGCUCCCUGUUUUCGGCGUGCCUGUUCCAUUAGCCGUAAACCGCAAUCGGAAGUCUGCCCCACUAGACCGACUGUUCUCCCAGUCGAUGCUUGCUGCGGUAGUUCUCCACCACGCUGUCAAUCGCCGCAACGACCCCGCGGACGCGUUUCUGUCCAUUGCAGCCCCGUCGCCAACCCCGAACGGACAGUAAGGUUCGGCAGUUGUACCUCCAUCAACUCCUGCGACACCCCUGCUGGACGGAUACUUUUCGCCCGGCGCUCCUCGCCCUCACCGUGUCGUCGCCGUGCGGUUCGCUGUUCAUCUCCACCGGAAAAGAUGCCUGUGCGUGGUAGAGACAGCAGCAUAUGUCGUGUCAUCAGCCGAUCUAGUUCACCCUGCGAGGAGAUUCUGACUGCCAGUCUACCAAGUCGAGCAAGCUGCACCGCUACCAGCAGUGGCAGUUGCAAUCUCACAAGAAUCCCGACUUGCUGCUCUUGCACCACCUCCAACACCAGUGGGUGUAGUCCCUUGCGGAGACCGACUUGCCGACCGAAACCGCAGAGGAAUCUAAAGUAUCACUACAUGUUUGAGAAUAAUUGUUCAAACCCGGAGGAAGACCUCUCCUUGCCGCUGCCACCGCCACCCGAAGCGAACUGCUGCGUUCCCCGAUGCCGUACUCCAACGCCGCCCCCACCUUGCGAGGUGGCGGUCUCAUCUUGCUUUGACACGAAGCCCGACUUCGGUUCACCGCUAUCCAGACCGUUGAGUUGCGUUGAGUGUUGCAGUACCACAACGAGUAGCAGUAGUACUUUUGGUAGUUGCAGGCGGAUGACCACACAACAUCGAGUACAAAGCUCCUGCCGGCAAACUCACCUUGCUGAGCGCUGGACCAAUUAUCUGGACUAUAUUAACCGCAAGGAGAAUGAACUAGUCUGUCAGCUGAACGAAUGCGAUCUCGACUUGUCUGCCUUUGCGGGCAUGAUGAGAACAGAAGGUAGGUAUUUUUUCUGCUCACUCGUAUAGUUCACAAGUGUUGGUUCUAGUGGCGUCCUUUACAUGAAAGUCAUCCUGGAGCUUUAUUGAAUUCAGGACGUGAAUGUCCUCCUCCUCCUCCUCCUUCUACGAUCUUUAAUACCUACCUUAAGACACAGUGCAGGCAGUGCUCAAAACGAAUUCAGACAAGCUAAGGAUCGGCCACUGUCCAAACAGAUGUUUUCGAAAAUUGAUAAUGCGCCUUGGGGUCUGGACCACUAUGGAACGGUUGAUCACGUUUUUUUUCGAAAUGCGUCAGCUUCAGGCAGAUAUGUAUGUUUUAAACGCUCUGAAAAGAAGCGGGAGAAGCCCGGCUUCGGACCGUCAUUCUGUUUAACUGAGUUGGUUAUUUGUUUAACAUUAAUAGGUAGGCUCCUUCAAAUCCUCCGAUUUAUCUUUACAGGAAAAUUAAAUUCAUCCCCGAAUUUAUUUACCGUUAGUCCGAGCACGAAUCUGAGGACCGUAGCAAAAAAUUUUUUGCUGAGUUGAUGAAACCGUGUGGAAACGGGUUUAAUGCACGAUUACUUCCCUUCACAGCUAAGAGCUGACACUUUCAUUGUCUGGUGCAUUUUUUCUCAACCAAAAUGGGUGACACUGCAGUUUUCCUGCAUGCUUAUAUGCUUUAGCGUUUGCAGACUCACCGUCCCUCUCAUGAUUGUUAAGGUAGUCAUCUUUUGCACGUUUGCUGUCGAUUAACUAUUGCCGUUUGCCGAUUAGUUCGCAAACAUAUCUAGCUUCUGAUAUUCGUUUUGAAGGAUGAGGGUUGUGCCAUUGUACCCACUCCCAAAUCGUUAUGGUAGCUUGAUUUUCCUUAUGACAGUGAUGGAGAUAAUGAGAGAUGGCAGGGUCGAUGCUGUGCAUUACAUACUGGCCCCGCCUCAACUCCAAACAAAUCAAAUACAUCCAUGGAGAGUGAAUAAGAGACAUCCGAACUGCUUUAAAACAGACGCCUAAUUGGGCAAAUACAUGGAGUAGUCGCUUUCUGGUCCGUAGGAAGACUGGUCGGGUUUUAAAUCACACCAUCCCAAACGCGCAGACCCAUUACGUGUUUAUGUCGCAGUUAAAGCGCGAAACUCCUAGGGGGUUGCAAAAGGGGGCAUGUCUAAGUCAAUGCUUUUUCUCUUAAUUUCGCUAGUUAUCAACACGCAUUAGGGUGACUGGCAGGGUAAGCACUUUGUGAUCAUAUAUACAAACAGGAAGUGCCGGAAUCCCCCCGUACGGGACCUUAUGCGAAUGAAAAUACUCAUCUUUUGAGUCUGGUCAGCCGAUGCCGAGUCUAGCAAUCGAAACGUUGAUCUCCCCCGACCUACCAAGUUUUGCGUUAGCAACCACACCACGGAGGCCAGACCGGGUGAGAACAAAUUUUCCAGCCACCAUGACGGCGUAUUAUUUCCUGGACAGACUCGUGCAUGGUAAACUGAGCGCUAUCGGUCCACGUGGCCAAGUGGUUAUGGUCUUUACAUAUGCGCCUAUUGUGUGCUGGGGCAGUUAUCGAUCUGGGCGCUCAUCUCCAACAGCAACAAGAAAACCACGUGACAACUGAGGUGGCCAACUCUACUGCGCCUUCGUCGUCGAAUGUGGAUGGUAGGCCGAGAUGGUCGAAACAUAGGGCGAAUAAUAAAAUUUUUGCAGAAACCACUUUUAAAUUUUCGGAACGUCAUCGUGGGAGUUUCCUCUCUUUGCUUAAGUAAACCGAGGCAUCUGCGGUAUCCAACUUACGAAAAAAACACUACGUCUUGUAGUUGUCGCAGGUUAGCAUAUCUCCCACAGUACGGGACAGAUUACUGUUAAUGGAGGAGGAAUCACCGGCCACGUCUUUCAUAUUCGUCACUACCUUCUUUUUUUAAUUAGCAGAGUCUAGGGCUUGACUCAAGCAGGCUAUGCCUUCUCCGCCCCGCUGAAAAGCGAGCGCAGGAAAUUCUUAGCGAAUUAUAUGCACACACUCUUAUCCAGUAUUCUUGUUUAUGUAGCCGAAGGCAGUUUACAUUUUGCGCAGUUAAGCACUGUUCAGGUAAAAAUUGGCGUCCACUUUUAGCCUGGUCUUUUUUGAACCCAUUUGCACAUGUGUGAACGUACGUAGGUCCAUGACCUACGGACCUGAUUAGCCAUUUCAGCUGGCCAACCUCACUUGGGAAGCCCGCCAGCUUGCAUGCCGAUACAGGCAGUAUCCGCUAACUGCCGACCUACUGGACGGUUUUUCAGCCUUGCAGGAUUGCACCUUUCUGUUGUUUCUAACACGCCUAUACGCGGAGAGAGGGAUAGGGGAGAGUAAGCAGUCGUCUUUUCCGUCGGCCAUGCUAUUGCCACCAAAAGACACAUUUGGUAGAGCAGGACUUUACUUCCGCCGAGGUCUCAGUGCAAGUUUCAGACUUUUGACCUCCCCUAUGACAAAAGCUAUUCGUAGUGCCAACCAUAUUUCCGCUCUGCACUGCUCUUAUUCUCUUUUUGACCAUGCAAAAUGUACCGAGACUCGUGGUACUUUAACUUACUUUCGAAUAAGAAAAAUUGCCCAAUCAUGCCGAUCUUUUUAGUGAGAACACCAACCACUGGUGUAAACAACAUUCUAGAAAAACCACUACGCAGAUAGUGGGCGCGUUCCUCCUACGUCAUUAAUGCAUGUAUAUAAAUCUAAUCCUAGUUCCUAGCGAAGUGCACACUUAUGUUGUGGGAAAUAAACAUCACAUUUCAUAGUUAUAUUUGUAGGUGGGGAGUAUUCCGGUUUCCAAAUGCCUAAAAAUUCGUGUAUCCUUCGAAACACAACCCGUCUCUUUGCUUGUUCGUUUCUAAACAUGCCAAACUGCAUGCUACACGUUUUAUUUUAAACAAAGAUGUCUCCUCCUGUUCCUGUGAAAGAGUUAUCUCACGCUCGAAAACAGCGCAUUAUACUCCAGUUAGCUUGCAUACUUCGAAAACAGUAUUGAAAAGUCUGAGUGGACUUUUGCGGACGUUCCUAAGAUUUCAUCAUUACAUUUGAAGACGGCGAGCUACCGGAAGAAUGGAAGUGCGCACUGAUUACUCCGAUCCAUAAAGGAGGCUCAAGACUUGACUGCGGAAAUUAUCGUCCUGUCAGUCUUACUUGCAUCGCGUGUAAAAUAAUGGAACGCAUUAUCAAAAGACACUUGAUGAAAUACCUGGAACAGAACAAAAUAUUGUGCGAUGCCCAACACGGCUUUCGUCCAGGGCGCUCCUGCUUAACGAGUGUUCUUUACUCGCAUGAGAAAUGGACACGAGCUACCGAUAAGGGUUUUCCAGAAGAUGUCAUAUUUUUUGACUUCAAGAAGGCCUUUGACAGUGUCCCACACAGGCUUCUUUUGCAAAAGAUCUGGGAUGUAGGGAUUCAAGGGAGAAUGUUUAAAUGGAUCAGGAGUUUCCUGUCCUCCGGACUACAAAGAGUCGUCGUUAGUAAUUCUACCUCGGAAUGGGUAAAGGUGGAAAGUGGUGUCCCACAGGGUUCUGUCUUAGGCCCAGUACUCUUCCUGAUUUAUGUUAAUGACUGCAUCAGCGAAGUGAAUUGCGAGGCUCUCAUGUUCGCGGAUGACAUAAAAAUAUGGAGUGAAGUCAAGUGUGAUGAUGACGCAGAGAAGUUGCAGUCGGACAUCAACAAACUGUGUGCUUGGUCGAACAGAUGGCUUUUGAAGUUUAACGUGUUCAAAUGCGUGGUUUUGCACCUGAACACCGGCCGCAAUGCCUGUCCCAAACACCAGUACUAUAUUGACGGGACGAGGUUAGAAACUGUGGAAAGACACAGAGAUCUGGGUGUAUGGACGACCACAAAUCUAUCGCCAUCAGAACACUGCAGAAAGAUGGUCCAGAAGGCUACUAGUACUCUACACUGGAUCAGACGUGCAUUUAAAAUAUUUCCUCCUGAACUCUUCGAAAGACUCUUUGGUGUCUUUGUAAGACCUCAUCUAGAGUAUGGAAUGCCAGCAGCUUCACCAUGGAUGAGGAAGGAUAUCAACUUACUCGAACAGGUGCAACGCAGAGCGACAAAGAUGGUCGACGGUCUAAAGCAUUUAUCUUAUCAGGAGAGGCUAAAUUUGCUUGGCCUAUUCCCUCUCUCUUAUAGACAAAUAAACUGCAGUCUACUCUGGACGUUCCGGAUUGUUCGCGGCCAGGGUUGCUCAUUAAGGGCAGAGGACUUCUUUGAGUUCGCCCGUACAAACCAACUACGCGGCCAUGCAUUCAAAGUCGGGAAUGAGCGAACACGUUUAGACCGACGAAAAUUUUCUUUCAGCCAGCGGGUUGUCAGGCCGUGGAACUCGCUUCCAAGCGAGAUGGUGACGGCUGACACAGUUUGUGUGUUUAAAAGAAAACUUGCUCGUCUAGUUUUCGACAGAAAUCGGCUUGUACAGCAUGAUUAUGCUCAGCCAGUUUUGUAAAAUCUGUCAUAUACAAUCUUCCGCACCAAUUUACAGUGACCCCAUGCACUACCUUAUGAUUACGACUGAACUGUGACCCAAUCACAUUUUAAAUGCCUGCAAUUUUAUUUUAUUUUUGAGUAUGAAUCUGCGAAAGCACUGUACAUAAAUAGGGUCAUCAAGGGCUCUGCCUGUAACCCUUCAAUAUACAUAUACAUAUACACAUACGAAGUAUGCACUUCCUACAAGUACAGAGUUACAUAUCAAGGGGCUCACAAAGUGAAAUCUGCAUGCAUCCUUCCGCCAGAACGUGACCAGACCUACACAAGCAGCAAAAUGAGCGAAAAGUUUGCACUACUUAUGUAGGAUCUAUCUCACAACCUUUCCGGUUAGGAGUCAAUCUGUAUAAGCACGGAACAUCGGUAGAAAAUCAGGUGCUAAAUAAGCAAUAGUCUGUGUGGUAUUUACGCAGGUGCGAUUGUGUGUAGUCAUAAACCAUUAUGCUACUGUGCAUAAUGUGCGCCCGGGAACGUGACCCGUACUCGACACUGGUGCAACCUCCCCUAAGUUCUGGUGUUUACUUAAAAGCGUGUUCAACCAUUUCAGUCAUUGUUUAAUGGCUUUCGGUGCAUGGAGUACUGGGCUUCCUCGUGGGUAGAAUAAUAAUGACCCUCUGCCUUUUUAGUUGCAGACUUUGUGCGUGAUGUGGUUGGGCGCGGCAGGGUGCUGAUCUCCCACGAUCUGCCCAGACUCCUCAACGAGUUGUGCUGUUGCAUGCCUCUUGACAGGACCUGCUCAGGGAGCGAAAACUUCGACCAACUCUGGAAGAGGACCGAGGACAGGAUCCGCGAUUUGGACCGCUUGCUGGAGCGAGUUAACAGGAUGCGGCUCAACGGAUGGUUGGAGUAA